AUGGCAAGCACCUGGGGAUCCGGCAGCGGGGACAGCGGGGACAGUGGGGAAGACAGACCCAAAUGGGACAAUAAGCUGCAAUACCUGCUGAGCUGUGUGGGCUUCGCUGUGGGUCUGGGCAACAUCUGGAGGUUCCCGUACCUGUGCCAGGCGUACGGGGGAGGUGCCUUCCUCAUUCCCUACCUCAUUGCUUUGGUGUUUGAGGGAAUCCCCCUGUUCCACAUCGAGCUCGCUAUCGGCCAACGGCUGCGCAGGGGCAGUGUGGGCGUGUGGAAGGCCAUCUCACCCUAUCUGGGUGGGGUCGGCCUGGGCUGCUUCAGCGUGUCCUUCGUGGUCUGCCUGUACUACAAUACGGUGAUCACCUGGGUGUUCUGGUAUCUGCUCAACUCUUUCCAGCAACCACUGCCCUGGUCCACUUGCCCUCUCAACUCCAACCACACAGGCCUAGUGGAGGAAUGUCGAGACAGUAGCACCGUGAACUACUUCUGGUAUAGGCAAACACUGAAUAUCUCAGCCGACAUCAACGACAGCGGGUCGGUGCAGGGUCACCUGCUGCUCUCGCUGGCGGCCAGCUGGGCAGUGCUGUACUUGUGUGUCAUCCGAGGCAUUGAGUCCACGGGGAAGGCAAUCUACUUCACAGCAUUAUUCCCAUACCUGGUCCUCACCAUCUUCCUGGUGCGGGGACUCACCCUACCCGGGGCAACUGAUGGCCUGGUCUACCUGUUCACCCCCAAUAUGCAGAUUUUGAGGAACCCCCGUGUGUGGCUGGAUGCGGCCACCCAGAUCUUCUUCUCUUUGUCCCUGGGCUUUGGGGGCCACAUUGCGUUUGCCAGCUAUAACCCGCCCAGGAAUGACUGUGAGAAGGACGCCGUGAGCAUCGCACUCAUCAACAGCAUGACAUCCCUCUACGCAUCGGUCGCUGUCUUCUCUGUCCUGGGCUUCAAGGCGGCUAAUGACCAUGGGCACUGCCUGGACAGGAACAUCCUGGUGCUCCUCAAUGCUUUUGAGCUGCCUGACCAGAGUGUUACCCGCGAGGCCUACCCGGACCUGCUCCUGCACCUCAAUGCCACACAGCCUGAGCACUUGGCUAGGCUCCCCCUGGAGGUGUGCCGUCUGCAGGACUUCCUGGACAAGAGUGCAUCGGGCACUGGGCUGGCGUUCAUAGUGUUCACGGAGGCCAUCCUGCACAUGCCGGGGUCGCCUGUCUGGGCCGUGCUCUUCUUUGGGAUGCUCUUGUCCCUGGGCCUGUCGUCCAUGUUCGGGAACAUGGAAGGGGUCAUCACGCCGCUGCUGGACUUGGGGCUCCUGCCCAAAAGGCUCCCCAAGGAGAUCUUGACAGGGCUGGUCUGCCUGUUCUGCUUCCUCACGGCCACCUGCUUCACGCUGCGUUCGGGCAGCUACUGGCUGGAGAUCUUCGACAGCUACGUCGCUUCCGUCAACCUCCUGGUCUGUGCGCUGCUGGAGGUGGUGGGCGUGGCCUACGUGUACGGGAUGGAGCGGUUCUGUGCCGACGUGGCCUGGAUGACCGGGCGGCGUCCGAACCUCUACUGGAGGCUGAGCUGGCGGCUGCUCAGCCCCCUGCUGCUGCUCGGCGUGCUGGUGGCCUACGUGGCCCUGAUGGUGCAGUCGCCUCCCGCCUACUGGGUCUGGGACCCGCACUAUGAGAAGUUCCCGGGGCGCCAGGAGAAGCGCUACCCAGGCUGGGUGCAGGCCGCUUGCACGCUCAUGUGCUUCGUCCCCUUGCUGUGUACUCCCGCCGUGGCACUGAUCCAGCUGCUUGCUCGCCGACGACGCCAACGAGGACACCAACACCAGGACGGCAGGGCCAGCUGA